AUGCAAACAAGGCCGCGGCAGUUGCGGGCUUCCCCUCGAGAAGCACAGAAGCCGAGCAUCAAGACCUACCGACGAGCCAGGCUCACACUUUGGACCACGGCGCGGCAGCCGAACCCGCCCACGAAUGUCUCGCAGGCAGACGAGUUACGUGGGCACGUCGUCCGCUUGGAAUGCCCGUACGAGCUGGCAGGGCGCGACUGGGACGGGCCCAUCUACGCUGAGUUGAUCGAGCCGAGGGAAUUGAGCCCGGUCCAUCGCAGUUCCUUUGUCGAGGACGACUCUGUGCGCCGCCCCGGGUGGAUAUGCAACCUCAUCUACCACAGCUUCGAUCACGACGCUGCGCGCGAGCGCCACGGCGACGACCAAGAUCCCGAUGACCGUGCAGUGAUCCCUUUCGACCGCCUAACCCGACCCUUCGAGAGGAUACGGCAACCAGCUCCAGCUCCAGCCGCUCAUGUCCUCAUCCCUUGCAACGUGGUAUGGGAGACCCAGAUCUCUCGUGGUGACUUUGUUGUGGGCUGGUGGCAUGGUGUGCCGGCGACCUCCAGCCCAAACCUGCGCACGCCUCGUUUUCGCUCGCGUUGGAGAGAGCUGGAGAUUGGAUCUGUGAACAAUGAUGAACUACAACGACAACUUCAAGAGGGCCUCGUUCCCGCUGGCUCCGACACCACCUUUGACUUCAGUUCGGCCUCCAUUCCUGUCAUUUCGGAGUUUGGGCGCAUUUUAAAGGUGUGUCCGCUGGAUUAUGUUCGCAAAUACAUCGGGCCUUCGGGUUCCAAUGCCCGUCGCCUCGACGAGGAUGAAGAUAGCGACUCUGAUGCUCCCGCAGAUGUGCUGGCGGUGGGUCUUUCGCGUGGACGUCCCCUGCUUCAUGAAUCGCCGGUGAUUGUUGGCAUGAGAUCGCCGCAACAGUUGGCGCCCCCUGUUCCGGCUCAGUGGCUUCCUGGAACUCUAUUGGCCGGCGACGAUGCAGCGGAUAUCUCACGGGCUCAGGACCGUGAUGAAGGCACUGCGGUAUCCGCCGUCACUGCUCCGACCACUUCAAGUUCGUCACCCACGGCACCCGCUACUGGGGCCCGCCCAGCAGCGGGCAUGCAAUCUCCUUCGCUGGGCACAUCGGAUGCUGCUUCGACCAACGCACAGAAAAUGGCGUCAAAGCCCGAGCCCGCGACCGGCGGAGUCGCUCCCGCAGUCCGGGCCGAGCGCUGUCUCGCCACACCAGCAUCCGGCUUCAACGGAACCCGACUCCGCCCCUUCGUCGGUAUGCGUAUUCCCCCCACGCCGACGGUCGGGACGGGCAAGGCCUCAGUUCGCCGCCCGAGCCAGCUCGGCCUCGGAGUCACCAUUACUCUGGAACCCGCCGGAGCCGAGUGGAUCCUCGCUCAGAAGGGACAUGCUGACUACGAAGACACGCACCACAUGGCACGCGACCAGGACGACUUUGGACAGCACACCUCGCAGCAGACGAUCGAGGCGCUGACGUCGGGCACGACUUCGUUCCGCCCACCGGCGGCCGAGCUCGCUGUUCACCAGAUCGCGCAUGUCGGACCAAGACCACAAUGUAAGGAGAGUAUUGGAGAGUUACGCCGCUACUGGCAGCUGCCCAUUUUAGACCGCGUUUCGGCCAUCCAGCACCACGAAACACUGCGCAACCGUUACCGGGUAACGAAGGUGACUGCAAAAAUGAUAUUCGCGGUGAGCUUUGGCACGAGGCCUCUCGACCACUUCUUGCCGCCUCCUGCGCAGAGCGGGGGAAGGCAUUCGGUGACGCAUGACUCCGCCACUUGGGGCGCUGGUGACACGGUGUUCUCCAUCGUCCACGCCGAUGCGGCCAAUGAUACAUGGGACAAUGCCCCGCGGGAUUUGGUCUAUGCUAUGAUCAAUUUGUACACACUUGUGUUCACGCGGCUGUUUCAAUCCAUCCAGGAUGACCACCAUGCAUCCGUACUGGCGGACGAGGCUCGAGCUACACUCUCGCAUUCGUCGCCCGAUUACAUUCGACUCGUCCGCCAAAUCAUCGACACAGCUUUGAUGGAUACCUGGGCGCGGCAGAUUGAAUACGGGUCUUCGGCGUCUCGCCGUUUGAAGCCCGCCACAGCGAGGGACGCAGCAGCACCAGAGCCGAACGACGGUGCCUUCUGA